CUGUCAGUCUCUUGCACAAUUUCAAGCCAUAGAUUUUCCUAGUGGCGAUGUAAAGUUGAUUAUUUUACUACUUGUGUUUCUCGGUUUGUGUGCUUUGACUUGAAUUUUGCUGUGAAUUUGACUGUGAUCUUUGUUUCUUAUUUCUGAAUCUUUCUCCUGGUUGGUUUGGAGGUUAAUCUGUGAUUACUUUAUUAUUUUUCUUUUCUCGUAACCCUCUCUGGUGAAGCUUUUAAACUCUGAUUUUGCAUUUCUAUUUUAGUCUAUUGGGUUUGUUUGUAUUUGGCUACUUGCAAGUAAUCUUUGUCGAUCAGUUCCUGCUUAUUCGGAGAGGUAUUGUGUUUUGCAUGAUAUGCCAUUGAAUGUAUUUCUGAAACGCGGGUGCUAUCUUCAUUUUGUAUUUCACAUGAUGUGCCAUUGGUGUGUAUUUUCCGCAUGAACUUGCUUUCUGUAUUUGCGUUAAUGACAUAUAUUAUUUUCUUUCUCACUUUGAUCGAACUCAAGCUCGUAUCACCUAGAAAUUCCUCUUCCAUUCUGGAGUUGAUGCAGGAACUGUAUUAAUCCUAUGCUUGGUUGACGAAAAGUUAAAAAAUGAACAGAAAGAAAAGAAGAAGAAGAAGAAAACAAGAUUCUUAUAUUGCAAUAGGGUAGAUGCAUUUAUCGUAUUAUUGACUUAUGUUGGUAUUCGGAGUCAAGAAGUUUUCUGAUUGAUCAUCCCUGAUUGGUGCAGACUCCUUGUAUGAUCCUAUCUUUACUAGAUUUCCGUUGAUAUGAAAGAGCUCGACUUAUAACAGUUCCUGUAACGUCAUAGGAGCUGAUGUUAAUAAAAUCAUGCAGCUAUAUCAUCACCCCUACUCUUUGGAUAGCCAAAAGGUGAGACUUGCUUUGGAAGAGAAAGGCAUUGAUUACACGUCAUACCAUGUCAAUCCCAUAACAGGCAAGAAUAUGGACUCCUCAUUCUUCAGAAUGAAUCCUAGUGGAAAACUUCCAGUUUUCAAGAAUGGCUCUCAUAUCAUUUUCAACACUAUUGAGAUAAUCCAGUAUAUAGAAAGAAUUGCUAUUGUCUCGUCAGGCGGUGGUGUUUCCUUUAGUGGCAGAGAAGUUGUUGAAUGGAUGCAGAAGAUACAAGACUGGAACCCAAAGUUCUUCACACUUUCCCACAUCCCAGAGAAGUACCGCUUCUACGUGUCCAAAUUCAUAAGGCGGGUGGUGAUUGCUCGGAUGGCUGAAGCUCCUGAUCUAGCAGGAGCUUACCAUCAUAAGCUGAGAGAAGCAUACGAGACAGAAGACGAGUUGAAAAACCAGGAUGUUUUGCGAGUGAACAAGGAGCAUUUAAUUAGACUUCUUGAUGAAGUUGAAACACAGUUGAAUGAAACAGCGUAUAUAGCAGGGGAAGAGUUUAGCCUGGCAGAUGUAACGCUCAUUCCAGUACUGGCUCGUUUAGUACUCUUGGAUUUGGAAGAUGAGUAUAUAAGGAGCCGGCCAAACAUUGCUGAGUACUGGCUUUUGGUCAAGCAGAGGCCUAGUUAUAAAAAGGUUAUUGGGAAGUACUUCGAUGGCUGGGGAAGGUACAGAACGCUAAUAAGAACAUGGUGCUUUGUUCGUAUCAGAAGUAUGCUAAAAAGAUAUUGACUGAAGUACUCAUAGCUCUGGGUUGAUAGAAUGAAUAGUGAGAUAAAUGUAAGGGAAAAUUCCGAGCUCGAUUUUCUUCUUUUAUCUCUUUCUCAUGGUGUUUCUCUUUGUUGGUGGUAAAACAUGGAUUUGAGUCAGUAAUUAGAGAUGAAGUGUGAAAAGGAGGUGGGUUAUUAACACCAUAUUGGAGGAUAGAUCUUGCAGCAAAAUUUUUUAUGUACUCGUGAGAUUAAAUACAGUGAGAAAAAAAGUGCUCGGAGAUUAUGUAUUUACCUUUUUUGUUUUCCUCACAGAACUGAAGAACAGGUGACAAUUACCAAAGAUAUAAUCGAUUGAUUGCUCCAA